GGUCUCUCAUGCUGCAGCUCCUCCUUUGGCUGCAUAUCCAUCCACAGUGCCACGUGGAAACUUGGGAUGUCCAGGCAGAAGAAGUGUCCGGGAUGGCGGGGGUCCGGUCCAGGCGCCUCCACUGUCCCCAAUCCGGGGGCCGCCGCUCGGGGCCCGGACCCCAGAAGGACCUUGCGAUGGACGAAGAGGGAGGCCAGAAGCCGGCUGCCUCACCCACAAGGAAGAAAUUCGUCAUACCACUGGACGAGGAUGAAGUCCCUCCUCCUGGGGCCAAGCCCUUAUUCAAAUGCACACGGAGCCUGCCCACCGUGGAGACCCCACCCCAGCCGGCCCCGCAGACCUAUGCUGAGUACGCCAUCUCAGGACCUCCAGGAGGGGCUGGAGCCACACACCCCACGGGGCCAGAACCCCUGGCAGGAGAGACCCCCAACCAGGCUCCCAAACCAGGAGCAAAAUCCAACAGCAUCAUUGUGAGCCCCCGGCAGAGGGGCAACCCCGUGCUGAGGUUUGUGCGCAACGUGCCCUGGCAGUUUGGCGAUGUGCUUCCCGACUACGUGCUGGGCCAGAGCACCUGUGCCCUCUUCCUCAGCCUCCGCUACCACAACCUCCACCCAGACUACAUCCACCAGCGGCUGCAGAGCCUGGGGAAGAGCUUCGCCCUGCGGGUCCUGCUCGUCCAGGUAGACGUGAAAGAUCCGCAGCAGGCCCUCAGGGACCUGGCUAAGAUGUGCAUCCUGGCCGACUGCACCCUGAUCCUCGCCUGGAGCCCCGAGGAGGCCGGGCGGUACCUGGAGACGUACAAGGCCUAUGAGCAGAAGCCAGCAGAUCUCCUGAUGGAGAAGCUGGAGCAAGACUUCGUGUCCAGGUUUUGGAGCUCCCAGGCCAAGGAUUGGAUCUGAGCCACAGUCAUGACUAAGCUACAGCUGCAGCACCGCUGGAUCCUAAACCCACUCUGCUGGGUCGGGGAUCAAACCUGUGACCCGGCGCUCCCAAGACACUGCCAAUCCUAUUGCGCCACAGUGGGAGCUCCUGAUGCUUCCUUCUCCAGGAAGCCCUCCUAGAUCCCCAGGCCAGGUCAAGUGCCCUCUCUGGGCUCCCCCAGUCCCAGCCCUGCCUCUCUGGGUCACCAUGUCUGGAACUGAUUUAUCUCCUGCACUGGACUGGGAGCCCCAGGAGGGCAGAGCUGGGGCUGUCUUGGUCCCUGCUGUGUCCCAGCAGCACUGAGUACCCAGUGGGUGCUCAGGGAAUUGCUGAAUCUGGGCUCCAAUGCUGGAGUACCGGAGGAUAUCCACAGCCACCCCUGAGGUGGGUACACUGAGGACCCCCAUUUGCCUGAAAAUGGAGGCCCCAAGAGGUCAGUUCCCUUGCCCGGGGUCUCACAGGGAGUAAGCAGCGGGGCCUGGUUUUGAACCUGGUUCCAAAUUCAGAGCCUCCGGUUGGCCCCUGGCAGAACUAGCUUGGAAUAAAUGGCAUUCAUCUUCUCACCCAGUGACUGGCAACCUAUCAUCCACUCUGAGAUGGCCUUUUAAUCAUCAAAACACAUAGUAAAAAAAUCACACCAAUUGGCACAACAUUGUAAAGCAACUAUAUUCUAGGAAAAAAUUUUAAAGGAGUUCCUGUUGUGACUCAGAGGAUUAAGAACCCGACUAGUAUCCAUGAGGAUACUAGUUAGAUCCCUGGCCUUGCUCAGUGGGUUAAGGAUCUGGCAUUGCCACAAGCUUGGGCAUAGGUUGCAGAUGACUCGGAUAUGGCAUUGCUAUGGCUGUGGCAUAGGCCAGCAGCUGCAGCUCUGAUUUAGUCCAUAGCCUGGGAACUUCCACAUGCUAUGGGUGCAGCCCUAAAAAGAAAAAAAAAAAAGAUUACAUAGAUGCCAAAAAUCUCAUUACUAUAGAAAAACCUGUACUUUCUGAACCCCAAAUUGAUCAAACAAUCUGAAUCAAAAGAAAAGGCACCAAAAAAAAAAAAUUCCUUUUUUUUUUUUUUCUUUGCUUUUUAGGGCCGCACCCACCGCAUA